AUGGCAUCACAGGGUACCGGAUACGAUCUCUCGUCGAGUACUUACUCGCCCGAUGGCAGGAUCUUUCAGAUCGAAUAUGCAGCAAAAGCAGCAGAAAACGCUGGCACAGCCAUAGCCAUCAAAACCAAAACCGGUGUCGUAAUUGCCGUUGAAAAACUCGUCCAAUCCAAACUCCUCGUCCCCGGCUCCAAUCGUCGCAUCUUUAACGUAGCCCCCCACAUCGGUAUCGUCUCAGCCGGUCUCAUCGCCGACGGCAAACAUCUCGCUACCCGUGCACGCUCAGAAGCAGUCUCUCAUCUCGACAACUACCGUUUCCCUGCCCCUGUCAAAACUCUUGCCGAUCGAGUAGCGUACUACGUUCAAGCAUACACACUCUAUUCUUCAGUGCGACCUUUCGGUGUUUCGGCGAUCAUCGCUGGUAUUGACGACACUAAAGGGCCUCAAAUUUACAUGAUCGAACCCUCGGGCGUGUUCUGGGGCUAUAACGGAUGUGCAGUGGGAAAGGGGAGACAGUUGGCUAAGACCGAGAUUGAGAAGUUGGAUCUCGAGAAUCUGACGAUGAAGGAUGCAGUCGAUGCCGCUGCCAAGAUUGUUUUCAAGGUGCAUGACGAUGCCAAGGAUAAAGACUUUGAGUUGGAGUUGAGCUGGGUUGGGCCAGAGAGUAACGGUGUCCAUACCGCCGUGCCCGCGGAUCUGAGGGCUGAGGCGAUUAGUAAGGCUAAGGAAGCCCUGGAUGAUGAGAUGGAGGACUGA